AUGCCAGGCUACAAAGCCACUUCUUUGCUGGAAGGAAGGCAGCGCGAGGCCAUCCUGAAGGUGCUGGAGAACCUGACCCCGGAGGAGCUCAAGAAAAAAUAAAAGAAAGAAAAAUUCAAGAUGAAACUGGGGACUGUGCCACUGCGCGAGGGCUUUGAGCGUAUCCCGCGGGGCGCACUCGGGCAGCUAGACAUCGUGGACCUCACCGACCAGCUGGUCGCCUCCUACUACGAGGACUACGCAGUCGAGUUCGUCGUGGCCGUGCUGCUCGACAUGGGCAUGCUGGAGGAGGCGGCACAGCUGCCGCGGGCCGCGCGAGGGCCACUCUGAGCUGGAGGCAGGCCAAGGGAAGGAGUAGUGCAACGCCUGUGAAGCCAGCCCCGCGCGCGCACCAGUAGCGUAAGACGACGGCAGUGUCUCCACCUCGGGGACCAAGGACGCCUCCGUGCCUCCAGACCCCGCCUCCUCCAGCCCCUGCACCUGUCAUUUCUUCUUCCACUGCCCAAUAAAUAUUCAUGACAGACUUU